GCGCUGAAGCCAUCCCCGCUGCGCGCAGAGAUCCGCUUCUCGCUGCGACUGCCCUGCACUGAUGUGGGGAGCGGGAGACACCCCCAUCUCAGAGUCCCCCGUCCGGACGUGUCCCAGCCAGGCAGGACUCCCGCCCCGAGGAGACAGACCUCCGCAGUGAGUGAGGGGCUGCGUGUCAGGGCGCGGACACGGGGGACAAAGAACACGCGUGACGAGCCCAGCUGGACGCGGGCCUUCGGAGACCUCGUGCAAGCAGCGGCAACGCUGCAAACCAGCGUCUCUCUGACCAAGUGCUGCUUCGGGCCGUUGCACGGUGCCACGUCUGCCGGGAGCAGCGAAGGCGCAGACACGCCCCCCGGGGGACACACCUCCAGGCGUGUCACACUUGGUGAUGCCCAUUCAUACUUGCUCCCGUGCCCGCCCACGACACUACGCCCCCUCCCCCCCCCCCCCCCCCCGUCACCCUAUUUAAGUCUCCGAGAUCACGUCGGCUGGGCGCAGAACCGAGCAGGGCGGCGGCGAGCGGGGAUCCCGGCUCCGGCUGCUCGAGCUGCCCCCGCCCCCGCCCCGGCUCGAGGACAGCCGAGACCGGAGACCUGGGGAAUGUGCGCAGCAAGCCCGGUCCUCUGCUUGCUUCUGGGCACGGCAGCUGGGAGUGCGCCCAUCCCGAGCACGGGACCCGGGUGUAGAAGGGAGUUCAUCAGCAUUACAGCGCCUGUGCACCAUGGUGUGCUCCUGCCCUUUGUUGUUCCAGAUGCAGCUGUGGAUCCUUUAGGAGCUACUCUGAACUGGCAGACUGAAGCGGUGCAUUUGCAUUCACCUGAAGUGAUGCAUGCCUACAGAGAUGGCAAGGAUGACCUUGAGAGCCAGGCAAAGAGAUUUCGUGGGCGAACCGAGGUCUUUCCCGAGGAGAUUGACAAUGGCAAUGCAUCUUUGCUGCUGAAAAAUAUAACCCAGAACGAUACGGGAACCUACCAUGGUUACUUUUUCCCCAGUUAUAAUAGCCCAUGUACUGCACUAAUCGUCCAACUUAACGUGUCAGAUGUAACCGAACAGGAAAACACAAAGACAGAAGGUGCAUGGACAGUAGCUGUGACUGUCAUUUUUAUAUUGACUAUAUGUGGGGUUGCUUUUUAUUAUAGAAAAUGGAAGAGCAGGAAAAAGAAAAACCAGAAAUCUGUGUGCGCUGCCGUGAAGGAGUCCAGAGACUUCCCAAACCUGCUACUUGCAUUCAACAAUUCAUCUUUUGGAAGAGACAGUCGGGUCGCAUCUGGGUUGUUAUAAAAGGGAAGGUGGUGCACACGCGUGGAGAGAUCCACGACUGUGUUUACAGAAGCCAGGAGUUUCUGAGCCCCGUAUCGUCACGUGAGCUAGUCACUGCCCAGGAGCUGCGAUCUGAGCGGAUGUUACUGCUUGGCUCUGUGGGGACAGGGAUAAGUGCCAUCUCUCAACAGCUCUUGGAAAACUGGGCUUCAGGAGAAAGCAAGAUGGCCUAUAGCCAUGUGACUACUAUAUCAUUCAGUGACUUGAACUCCAUCGAGACGCCCAUCAUCGUGAAAGCGCUUCUGGAACAGAAGUGCGAACAGCUGCUUUCAGUCCUGAGUGAUCAAAACAGUCAUGAAAAGGUAUUAAUUAUUCUUGAUGGGCUGAAUGAGUUCCGGUAGGAUCUGAACUGCCUCCAGUUCCCCAGCGGCGGGGAAACCGAUGGGAUGGAUAGCGCCUUUGACAUAAAAAUAUUGGUGUACAAAAUCAUUGCCGGGGAUCUUCUCCGUAACGCAGAUGUGUUAGUUACUGCUCGGGGUCAUUCAGUGAGUGGAAUUAGCAGGCGUUUUCGUUAUUUGGUUGUGAUCCCUGAAUUCAGUGCUGCCGAUAUUAAGGACUCCUUCAAUACAUCAGAUAAACAGAUGGAGAAAUGUAGCUCUGAGUCUAGAGGAGAAAGCAAGUUGUUGGCACUAUAUGCUUUUCCUGUGCAAAUUAAUAUGCUCUGUGAUUCCUUGAGGCACAUUCCAAGCAGUUGUGCUAACGGAGGACCAAGUGUUGGCCAAGCCGGUAUGUUGGGACAAGAAGGAAGUUGUUGCAUUAACAUCGACUCGGAUGGAGCUAGUCGUGUAGCACUGCUGAGACUUCCAGAGAGUAUUAAAGAUGUUAUCCGUCGACUGGCAAAUAUGUCCUUUGAGCAUCUGAUGCUCGGUGUCCGAAAAAUAAAGCAAGCCGACCUCAACAAAUGGCAGAUUGAUCCAAAGCUUCUCUCAAAGUAUUUUUCCAAGUUCAUUUGUAAGGCAAAUGGAAGUGGUGAAGUCUUUUCCUACCGCCACAGUGGGAUAAGAGAGAUGUUUGCUUCCUUGUAUGUUGUUCUGGAAACCCAGUCCAGAGAGGUGCUGGCAGUAUGCCUGAAUGCCAUGAAGAUCUAUAUAGCCUGCACUCAUAGGGCAGAAAUGCAGAAUUUUGACCUUUUCUUCAUGGCCCUUCUGCCUUACAGCAAUAUUGAAAGCCUCCUGCAUGCUGCAGGUCCCCUCCUUGACCCGGCACGACACAUUCUUCUGGACUGGUUUCAACGCUGGAUUGCCGCAGGGCUUAGUCCAACAGACACGCUGAAGGUUUUCCAUGGCCUUUUUCAGCUGCACGAUCAUUCUCGGGCUGAAGAAGUGUCUCGCCCUCUGAAGACCAUCACCCUGCGUAAUGUUGCCCUCAGCGCUGCGGAGGCUGGAGCCCUGCAAUAUUGUUUGGAUCAACCCGCUCUAGAUACGAUCGACCUCCAAGGAUGUGAGCUGGGGGACGAAGGCUUGGAGCAGUUUUCUUCCGUGAUAAGGAGCUGUAAAGAUGUCGGGUCAGUUCUGGUAACGUUUGGUAUUGUUAUGGGAAAGCGGUGGGGGGAUGUGAGAGUGGUGCAUACAGCAUUCUCUUUCCAACAUAAGAAAUUAAAAGACCCUGUCUCAGAUACAAAGUAAUCCUGGGAUAGUGUGUGGUAGUUCACUAGGGGUCAGCUCUGCCUCUGAUAGGCUGUCAUGCAGCUCGUGGGCAUCUCGGGGCGUUUGUAGACUGAACAAAAUUUCCCGUUUACAUCGACACAACUGUGUUUGUGUUUGUGUUUGCACAACCUGGGAUUUCCCGCCACUUUCAAGUCCAUUUAGCCCCUCAAAGUAAAACUACUGGGAGAUGUUUUAAUUUGCAUCGCUUUCCUGUUACGCCGCUCCAACUGUGGAUUUUGUUCGUGCAAACAGCCAGAGACUCCAAAGACUUGUAGUUAAUCCCCUUUGCCAGGAGGGGCGCUGCGUUCCAGCCUCUGCCAGUAGGUGGCGCUGUGUGUUCAUCUACACCCUCUUUUACUCCUCGAUCCUCACCCCUCCCUCCUCGGCAAUCAGGCCGGGACCUGUCUGCUUGGCUCACCAGACCGACCAAUUAUUCAGUCAUUAAAUGUUAGACCCUCUGUUAGACCCUGACUCCACGCGGCGCCCAACAACUAGGGAGACGACGGUCCGAUUACCUGUGGAUCCUGUUACUCGUUAGCCAGAGCAGAGCAGGGAGCAAACACCAGCACACAUUGCUCGCAUCAGCUUUUUAUUAGAAUGGAGACGGCUUCGGGCAAGCUCCCACGCCGACAGAGUACGGGGAGCAGCCCCGAACAAGAGAUUUUUCCUGCAUGUAUACACUUUGGUUUAGACUUGUUAACACUUGACUCCACCUCUGUCCCGCCUUCUGUCCCACCCGUUUCUCCUCCCAUCUCAAGCUGCGUCUCUGUUGACUGUUUGCUUCCUUAGUAUGGAAUCACCUAUGCAUUUCGUUCAUUUACGUGACUUCUUGCUACGAGCGCAUGUCUAAGACCUUGACUCCUUUUCUUCGGUCAGUGAGCGGACUUUGACCAAAUCCUGGAAGCUUCUGGAGGCUUCUUCACCAAUCGCCCUUCAUCUUUCGCAUGUGUUCAUCGCGGAUUCUGUUACCAAUGGCGUGUUGUUUUCCACAUCCCCGUCUGUUUUUCUGUCGCAGGUCGUACCAUCUUCCACCCUUUU